AUGGGGGACAUCAACCAUACUCUGCCAGAUGAUUCUGGCGAUAUUGCUAUCAUUGGUCUGGCCUGCCGAUUCCCUGGCAGUGCAUCAAACUCCGAAAAAUUCUGGGAAUUGCUCUCCAACAAAAAAUCUGCCGCUGGAACGGUACCAGAAACACGAUGUAAUGUUGAUGCUUUCCACCAUGCGGCCAGUGAGAAACUUAAUACUCUCAGCGCUCAAAACGGGCACUUUAUUGAUCAGGAUGUUGCGGCAUUCGAUGCCCCAUUCUUUAAUAUCACGUCCCAAGAGGCUACAGCGAUGGAUCCCACAGCUCGGCUCCUGCUCGAAGUGACAUAUGAAGCGAUGGAGACAGCUGGUCUGCCACUAGAGGGCCUUGCGGGUAGCGAUACCAGCUGUCACGUCGGCUGUUUCACACGCGACUACCAUGAAAUGCUAAUGCGUGACGCCGAGACGGCGCCACUGUACGCCGGAACAGGGACAGGCUUCUCGCUGUUGUCGAACCGCAUUUCCUGGUUUUUUGAUCUGCGUGGCGCAAGCAUGACUCUAGAUACUGCAUGCUCAUCCAGUCUUGUCGGCUUGCAUCUUGCAUGCCAAGGCCUACGGGCUGGUGAAGCCACCACGGCCAUCGUGUGCGGCGCUAACUUGAUCCUCAGCCCAGAUUUGGGUAUGUGGCUGGGAAACUUGCGAAUGACCUCAACCGAUGGUCUCUCGCGCUCCUUUGCUGAGGGUGUGACAGGCUAUGGCCGGGGCGAGGGCAUUGCUACUGUAAUUCUCAAGCGUAUGAGCGAUGCUCUGCGCGACGGGGACCCCAUUCGAGCAGUCAUCCGUGGCACUGGUGUCAACCAGGAUGGCCAUACAACCGGUAUCACAGUGCCCAAUAGCGAAGCCCAGGCUGAUCUGAUCCGCUCUACCUAUCUUUAUGCGGGGUUAGACGUUGGGCAGACGGCCUACUUCGAAGCUCAUGGAACAGGAACAGCCGUUGGUGAUCCGCUAGAGCUAGGAGCUGUAGCCCAGGCCAUAAGCGCGAUGCGAGAUUCCGAUGACCCGCUCUAUGUAGGAUCUGUUAAGUCAAAUAUUGGUCAUCUUGAAGGAGCUGCUGGACUUGCGGGAGUCAUCAAGUGCGUAUUAAUGUUCGAGAACGGGGCCAUUGCCCCUAAUAUCCACUUUGAGAAGCCCAGUCGGCGCAUCCCAUUUGGCGACUGGCAUAUCGCUGUGCCAACUGAGGUUACCCCAUGGCCCUUGCACAAGCCGAAGCGAGCAAGCGUCAACUCAUUUGGCUAUGGCGGGACCAACGCCCAUGUUAUUCUCGACCACGCCGCCGAGGCGAUGGCAUCUAGAGGCCAGUCUCACUUGGAAAACGCGGUAGAUCACGAUGUGGACCCUAGGUUGUUUGUUCUCAGUGCGCCAGCAGAGUCAGCGCUGGACCGUAUGAUGGAUCGCGGCCGAGAAUUCCUCCAGAAUGAGGCAGUAGAAAAGAGUCAGAUAUCUCUUCAUCAGCUAGCCUUCACUCUGAGUGACCGCCGAUCGAAAUUCUCGUGGAAAGCAGCAACAGUGGCCUGCAGCGCCGACGAGCUUGCUGGAAACUGGUCUAAGGACAACAAGCAACAACAACUAAUCCACACACCUCAGCGAGCUCGCUUGGGCUUCGUUUUCACAGGCCAAGGUGCCCAAUACGCCCGCAUGGGCAUAGAGUUGUGGAAGUAUCCCGUGUUUCUUGAGAGUGUGCAGGCGGCAGACCGUUAUUUGAGUGCAAAACUGCACAGUGAAUGGUCGAUAAUUGCCGAAUGGGAAGCGAACGGCACAGCCUCUCAAGUUAAUCGCGCCCACCUCAGCCAACCACUCUGCACAGUGCUCCAGGUUGCCCUAGUUGAUCUGUUACGUUCAUGGCACAUCACACCUGCUGUGGUAGUGGGUCAUUCAAGUGGUGAAAUUGCAGCGGCAUACGCCAGCGGUGCUCUCUCACGAGAAGACGCAUGGACCGUCGCCUACUGCAGGGGCAAGGUUUGUGCAACUCUGUCCAGCGAUCCAUCGCACAUUCCUGGCGCAAUGCUUGCGGUGGGGCUCUCUGCAAGUGCUACUGAAGAGUAUAUUCGUACUGUCCAGACUGGCACUGUAGUAGUCGCUUGUGUUAAUUCACCGGCCUCCGUCACAGUCUCUGGAGACGCGACUGGUAUUGAUGAACUGCUCGAGAUGCUGGAACAUGCCAAAGUAUUCUGUCGCAAGCUAAAGGUGGACCUUGCCUAUCACUCCCAUCAUAUGCAGCGUGUUGCCGACACGUAUGCAGAGCUUCUCGCAGACAUCCGACCCAUUACUACCGCCACACAAGUUCAAAUGAUAUCCAGUGUGACAGGAAAAUCAAUCAAACCUGAAGAACUCGGACCUUCUUACUGGGUCCAAAACCUAGUUUCACCGGUUCUUUUUACUAACGCAUUAUCCACACUACUGCUGGAUGAUCCAUCAAGGCGGCGCCGCCGCCCUCGCGCGGGCGAAUCUGCUGUAGACCUGCUGCUGGAAAUUGGGCCCCACAGCGCACUGCGAGGUCCAUUGCGUCAAAUUCUUCAGCAGCAUGAGAUAACUAGUGUGUCAUAUGCGUCUGUCUUGCAGCGUGGCGAAAAUGCCAUCAAAUCGGCCAUUCAAAGUGCCGGUGAGCUUUACACCCGUGGAGUGCCAGUCGGCAUCCGUGCAGUCAACCGAAUAACCACUGCACCAAAGCCACUGACAAAUUGGCCUUCUUAUCCUUGGGAUCAUUCUCGCCGUUACUGGACUGAAUCGAGGCUUAGUCGCAAUUACCGGAUGCGCCGAUUCGGGCGCCAUGAUCUACUAGGGGCUCCGGCUGCGGAUGCCAGCGCAACACAACCACGUUGGCGAAAUAUUCUGCGAGUCCAGGAACAACCUUGGCUACGUGAUCAUGCAGUGGACGGGCGCCUCCUUUUUCCUGCUGCGGGAAGUCUCGCAAUGGUCAUUGAGGCCGUCCGACAACUGACAGUCGAAGGUCGUGCGGUGGCAAGUAUCCAUAUCGAGCAGGUUCGCAUUACCAAAGCGAUCAUUGUUCCUGAUGAUCCCACAGGAGUUGAGAUUGUACUUCAACUAUUGAAAGAUGAGGGAAAUGGAUCCAACACAAAAGUACAGGAAGACUGUUGGCAAUUUAUCGUGAUGACUUGUUCUGACGGCCUGGAGCUGGAACAGAAUAGCUCCGGUCGAGUGCGAGUGCGAUACACUACAACCACUGAACAUACCUCUGUAAUUCCAACAAGUGGCAAGCAGAUUCUUUGGCAGAAGGCACGAGAGGCAUCCGAGGCCGUUAUCAACGAGUGCUCACGGACAAUCGAGCCAGCCGACUUUUACCACGCCACUAAAACAGCCGGAUUGGAAUACGGCCCCCUCUUUCAGGGGCUGACACAAAUCACUGCCGGCCAGGACUGUUGUACAGCUGUAGUCCAGGUCACUGACACGAAGGCGUCGAUGCCUGCCAGUGCCCAAAGUCAACACUUGGUCCAUCCUACCACGUUGGAUGUGAUUUUCCACUCUUUGUUCGCGGCUAUAGGCGGCGAUCACUUUGACGUGCAAGAAGCUGCAGUGCCCAUUGCACUCGAUAGCCUUAUCAUUUAUCCCGACCUGUCUUCUGCAGCUGGAACGAAGCUGAGUACCUACUGUCGUACCUACCGGGAAGGAUUACGAGACCUCGUCGCGGACAUUGUUGUCACAGAUCAAGCUCCGUGCGAGGAACCUAGAAUGAUUAUCAAAGGUUUGAAAUGUAGAAAGCUCACGGGUACCGGAGAGACCGCCAGUUCUCCACUAACAAAGGCACCUGUUGGAACGCUCCUGUGGAAGCCCGAUCUCGCAUUCCUAGAUGGGCCAAAACUUCAGCGCUAUGUUGAGGGUCGCCUUGCACAAGGCACAACAUCAGAUUUGGGACAUAAAAUUGCAACUGUCGUCGACAUGGCAGCUCAUAAGAACCCUGAUCUUGCAAUCUUGCAAAUUGGAUACUCCGAGGCGCUUGUUGAGUCCUUGCUCUCAAUCUUGGUAACGGCAGAUGGUAGGACGAUGCGAUGCUCCAGCUAUACCCUUCUCGACCCAGAUGCCAAGGAGCUUGCCCAGAGCAAUGAUAUUCUCAGUAAAUUGCAGGGUGUUCUCUCUACAGACUGUCUGGAAGAUCAUGUGCAAACUUGGACGGAGAAAUCUGUGGAUAUGGCUAUCGUGUAUCAAGAUUGUCUCUCUGACGAGCAGUUCAUUCGGCUGAAGAGAUGUAUCCGACCUGACGGAAUAUUGAUCAUGCAGAAGCAUCCAGGCCGAGACAUUGACUUGAAUGAGCAUGGCGAGGUAGUCUCAGAGGCCUGGUCGUGGUUUGACAGUUUGUUUCCUUCCAGCUGGUGUAUUGGCCGAAGAAACCGUGAAACCUUGAUCAGUCUCGAACAGACUGUUACGUUAAUCGAGUCGACCAACCCCGCGCCGAGAGAGAUUGAAAUAUCACACCAACUUUCGGCACAGCUCAAUGCCAAGGGGUUGCGUACGGAAACCGUGCGAUGGCCGAUUGACCUCGUUGCCCUACAAGGCAAACCGUUGAUAUCUUUGUUAGAGCUGCACUCGAAGUUCCUGCAGGACAUUAAUGCUGAUGACUAUGACACUCUCAAAACGCUGGUGCUGAACAGUACACGCGUGCUCUGGGUGGCCAUGGGUCAGGAUCCAGGAAUGCAGGCCGCAGUGGGUUAUCUGAGAGUUCUUCAGAACGAGAAUGUGAAUCUCGAUCUAAGAUACCUACUACUCGAAGACGGCCAAGCUAUAAUAGGUUCGCCAGAGGGCGUAGCACAGACAAUUGCGAGGCUGGCACUUGCUCCAACGACAGACCGAGAGUACAUAGAGCUUGCCGGUAGUCUCCAUAUUAACCGGUGGGUGGAUGAUAAUCGCCUUGGCAGUAUCAUGACAGGCGAUGUAAGCUCACCUGAGUCUGAUUUCAUGCGCCUGGGAGAUUCUCGGAGCCCAUUGCGGCUUUGUGGAUCGCGAUAUGAAGCCUUUGAUCAUAACUCCAUGUUGGCAAAUGACGAGGUCGAGGUGCAACUGAUUGCCUUCGAAUUUGAUGGCCACAGUGAUCUAUCUGCGCUCGGAUUCAGUGGCAUCGUCGCCCUGGUUGGCAGUUCAUGCUCACGUCUCCGUCUUGGUGACAAGAUUUGGGGUUAUGUCUCUGUUGACGGGCCUCGAACCCAUCUCCGUCUAUCUGAGUCGUUGUGCCAGCUUCUGCCUGAGAGUGUCUCAUUUGAACAAGCUGCGAGCUGGGCCAUCGGGCUUGGGGGAGCAUACACGUCCUUGAUCGAUAUUGCACAGCUAAAAUCUGGCCAAUCGGUCUUUAUCCAGGAUGCCGCCAGUGUUGUUGGCCAGUUUUCAGUGCAACUAGCUCAAUCGCAUGCUGCGAUUGUGCUAGUGAGUGUGAACACCGAUGAAGAACGCCAUCGGAUGGAAGCUCUCGGGGUCAUCCCUACGCACAUCCUCGAUAAUGAUGAUCCAGACCUUAACAUAGCCAUAUCUCGCAUGUGCUCUGGAAAGGGCAUAGACGUCGUUUUGCACCAGUCAAAAGAUCGCAAGUCUCUGCCAUGUCUGUGGAGUUGUAUGGCUGCGUCAGGAAAGUUCUUGGACAUCGAUAACACAUGUGCAGUGAAAGAGGAAAGUGAUCAAAAUGGCAAUGAACCGGCACUGUCAGUUGCUCCUUUCCGCCGCGGUGCAACAUACUCUGUGUUUAGCACGGGUCAUAUGCUUCGCACAGAUCCUUCGAGGGCAGCUGAGAUUCUCAGUCGAGUGUCCCAGCUAAAGCUCUAUGGGUGCUUUAUACAGCCAAGUUCUGUGCGGGUAUUCCCAGCAUCUGAGAUUGGAAAUGCCAUGCAGAGGAAGCGGGCGGAAUCACACCCCAGCAGCGUUUGCGCUAUUUACACGUUCAAUCCUGAUGACCGGAUCCCGGUCACGCCCGAAACAGCAAAUCCUCUUGUUCUCAACCAGGAGGCUACUUAUCUGCUGGUUGGUGGCACGGGAGGUCUUGGUGCUAAUCUGGCAACAUUUCUUGCAAACAAAGGAGCACGUCACUUGGCUGUGGUGUCUCGAUCUGGCUCCUCGGCAGCAAGUGCCAAGUCGGCUGCCCAACAGCUAGCAACGAUGGGCGUGCAGGUCCGGUUCUACGCAGCUGACGUUUCAGACGAAGAAGCCAUGCAGCAGGUGCUAGAGCGAUGUGCUGCCUACAUGCCUCCAAUCCGCGGCGUAGUCCAGUGUGCGGCCGUGCUUGAGGACUCCAUCUACCAGAAUAUGACACAUGAACAGUGGCGUGCUGCUACUCGACCCAAGAUCCAUGGCUCCAUUAUCUUGCACCGAUUAUUGUUGUCGCAAGAGCUGCAAUUCUUCGUCAUGCUCAGCUCUAUCGCUGGCGUUGUCGGCAACCGCAGCCAGGCCAAUUACGCCGCUGGAAACACGGUACAAGAUGCACUGGCACACUACCGCCGCAGCCUAGGGCUACCAGCGGUUAGUGUAGACCUCGGCCUGAUGCUCGGUAUCGGUCUCAUCGCUGAACGUGGCGGCGCGACCAAUUUGAAGAAAUGGGAGGCAGUGGGUAUCCGCGAGAUGGAGUUCCACGCCCUUCUAACAGCGGCCAUGACGGGCUACUGGAGCGGUUCGCCAGUUCCCACACAACUUAUUUCUGGCCUACCCAGCGGAGGUAUUCUUGAAGCCGAACGGCUGGACCGGCCAUUUUACUUUGAUGAUCCACGCUUUGCUUAUCUCCGCAAAAAGGAUCUCGAUCAGUCAAAAAUUGGCAAGGACGGAGACCAAUCAAGUAAUGGUGUGACGCUGGUGUCACAGCUUGCUAGUGUGCAAUCACUUCGCGAAGGCGCCGAUCUCAUUGUCGAGGCCUUAAAGCACCGACUUGCUCGGGAGCUUCAGACUGCCGUCGAAAACAUUGAUGCGAAUCAACCCCUACACAGCUAUGGCGUCGAUUCGUUACUUGCAGUUGAAAUUCGCACCUGGAUCCUUGUGAAUCUUCAAGCAGAGCUUAGUCUGUUUGAUGUAUUGGGUGGUGGUAGCAUUCAUGUGCUGGGAAGCCGAAUUGCAGCUGCUUCUAAAGCGAUUCCGAUCGGGUUGCACUGA